UGGAAGGUUUUAACACAUCUUGGAUGGAGAAAGUGAAAGACAAGGUGAGAGUGUCCUACAGAAAUGAGGCCAUCUGUCUGAGUGGAUCCAGAGUGAAUGUGACACAUUGCAAGACUGUGGUUGAAGGUGCCGUCUCUGCUGUAGUCUUUGACAGUCUGAAUGUUUACAAGUCUGGAGUGAAGAAGCUCUUCCAGGAGAAUGAAACACUGUAUGUUUCCUCAAUCAAAACUAAAACUGGUUGCCUGGUUCAACUAGUUAAUAAGCCAGGUGGUGGACAAGACAAUGAUGACACUGCUGUUCAGGAUAUAGUGGCUGCUGUCAGGCAGGAGUUUGGAAACCACGGUGUCACUCAUUCUCAACAAACUCCUCCUCCCAAAGCUCACAAGCCACCAGUUUUUCAGCCUACUGGAUUGGACCUGUACUUGUAUCAUGUGCAGACAAAUGAAGGCCUGGACAUUGUUCUUACAAAGGGAAAUAUAGAGGCUGCCAUGACAGAGGUGAUUGUGAACAGUGUGCCUCCAAACCUCAACCUGAACAGUGGUGAAGUUUCAAAAGCCAUCUUGCGUGCAGCUGGACCCAAACUUCAGCAGUCAAUAAAUGCACAGGGUGCUGCUGGAAAUGUUGGUGAGAUCAUUAUUACUGAGGGCUGCCAACUAAACAGCAAAAAAGUUUUUCACUUAAUUGCACCUUACUGGGAUAAUGGACAAGGCACAUCUGAAGAGUGUUUGCAAGGACUCUUUUUGGAUUGUUUGGACAUGGCAGAGAAUAAUAAUCUAACCUCCAUAUCCUUGCCUGCAAUUAGCACUGGAGACCUGUGUUUCCCAACAGCUGUCGUAGCUUCUUUGAUGUUGGAUACAAUCUUAGAAUUUAGCAAAAUGAGACGCCCCAAGCACCUGAAGAUGGUUGUGAUUGUACUUUACCCAGUUGAUACACAGUGUAUUCAGGAUUUCAGUCAGGAAUUUAAGAAGUUUCCAAAUGCCUCAGGCGAUUCACGUUCAACAAAAGGAGGCCCCUUCUCUAAGCUCACCUCGACCUCAGAUAUGCAUGAGACAAAAAUGGGAAAUGUGACUAUACAGGUAGUCACAAGAGACAUAACCAAGGAGACAACUGAUAUCAUUGUCAACUCGUCCAAUGAAAGCUUUUCACUUAAGUCAGGAGUCUCUAAAGCUAUUCUAGACGCAGCUGGUAAGGCUGUUGAAGUGGAAUGCCAUAACUUCGGUGCCAAGUCCAAUCCAGGCAUGAUAAUGACUCAGCCAGGUAACCUAAAGUGUAAGAAGAUCCUUCACAUGGUUGGAGAGUCUGACCCAAUAAAAAUCAACAAGGUUGUGAAAGAUGCACUUCAGAUGUGUGUGAAAAGCUCCUACACCUCUGUAUCAUUUCCUGCAAUUGGCACAGGUCAAGGUAAUGUAAACGCAAGACUAGUAGCAGAUGCCAUGUUGGAUGCAGUGAUUGAUGUGAUGAGCCAAAACUCUUCCGGUCCCCUGACCACAAUCCGCAUAGUUAUUUUCCAGAAAGCUAUGCUAAAAGAUUUCCACAGCAGCCUGGAACAGAGAGAAGCUACUGAUCCUAAUCCUAAGGAUAAAGGACAGGGAACCUGGGGAGGCAUUGGCAAAGUCCAAGGAAUGUUUACUGAUGGAAAUACUGAAAAACCAAAGAAAGAGAAAGACUGCACAGCUGAAGGUCAGGAAGCUGAUGCCACUUGCUUCCAUAUUUGUGGUGUCACUCAGGCUGAUGUAGAUAUAGCCAAGAAACUAUUGUUUCAAGAGCCUGAGACAACCACAAUUGAGGACGAAGCCAUUGGUAAACUCUGUGAUGCAGACCACCAGAAAAUUGAUGACAUGGAGAAGACCAUGGGUAUAAGCAUAAAAAUAGAAAACAGUAAAGUCAAGCUCACUAUUGAAGGACUGAGCAAUGAUGUGCUUAAAGCUACCUCUGAGAUCAAUAUGAUGCUAACCAGGAAAAGAGAGGGUAUUCCUGAGCAGUGGGAACGCAUGCCAGCUGAGGCCACAUGUCAGGCUUUUGCAGUACAAGCCAAGACAUCAGAAUAUGAUGAAAUCCUGAAACAUUUUCAGGCCUCAUGCAGUGGAUUUGUUACAAAGAUUGAGCGGAUCCAGAACCCUGGAUUGUGGAAGAGUCUAGAGAUUAAGAAGCGUGAGAUGGAGUUGAGAAAUGGUCAUCAGAAUAACGAGAGACGUCUUUUCCAUGGUACCUGCAACAGAGCUGUGCCAAAUAUUAAUGACCGUGGGUUCAACAGGAGCUAUGCAGGAAAGAAUGCUGCAUUAUAUGGCAAUGGCACAUACUUUGCUGUCAAUGCUAGUUAUUCUGCCAGUGACACCUACUCCAAGCCAAAUCAGAACGGGGAAAAGUUUAUGUACGUCUGCCGAGUUCUGACUGGUGACUUCACUCUUGGACAGAAAGGCAUGGUUACACCACCAGCAAAAAAACUCGGAUCCACUGACCUGUACGACAGUGUUGUGGACAACAUUGCCAAUCCCACCAUGUUUGUUGUCUUCCAUGACACCCAGGCUUGUCCUGAGUAUUUGAUUACAUUCAAGUAA